UGCAGACCACGGCAGAUGUGAUCCUGGAAAGAUCUAUCACUUGCUAAGCAAAGCGAGUCAUCUCCAAUCAUUUUACUCGUAAACUACUGGAAGGAGAUUAUACCAUAUUCAAGCCUUCUUAAAAGAUCUGUAUUGUUUAACGCAGUUUUCAACUAUAAGGAAAAACAUACAUAAUGCAAUCACACAGCAUGCUUACAAAGGAAUUGAAGCAACAAGCAUCUGCCAUUGUAAAGGAAAUCCAAGGAAAUGAAUUAGAUGUGGAUUAUGGAAAAAAGAUCAGUGUUCCCAAAGACAUAAUGCUGGAAGAGCUUUCCCUUCUUUCCAACAGAGGGGCUCGAUUGUUUAAAAAGCGGCAAAGAAGAUCUGACAAAUACACAUUUGAGGGAUUCCAGAACUCUGUCAAUUCACAAAUAAAUAGCUAUGCACCAUCUACAACAUAUUGUGAUGAUGGGACAGAAAAUUGCAAAGGCGUAGAGAACGGAUUACAAAGUGGGCAACAAAAUACCCCUAAAACACCUCCAAAUACUCCUGAUCCAAGGACUCCACCAAAUCCAGAUUCAAUUGCUCCAGGAUAUACUGGACCACUGAAAGGAAUUCCACCUGAAAAAUUUAAUACAACAGCUGUUCCAAAAUCAUAUCAAACUCCGUGGGAGGAAGCCAUUGCAGAUGAUCCAGAACUUCUUUCAACUUUACACCCCACAAUGCCAGAGCUCACACCAAAGGUAGAACUGGCUCAGUACAAGACUUUUAACAGAGUUGCAACUCCUUAUGGUGGUUUUGACAGAGCUUCCAAAAUCAUGAGUUUCAAGUUACCAAAACUGGAUUUUGCAUUACUGGAACCAGAGCUCAAGUUGCCUGUUUUCCAAGAUGGUACUGCUGGUCGGCCAAGCUUCAACAGAACUGCUCAAGGUUGGACAUCUAACAACGUUCCAAUAAUAUUUGAUGAUCUGCCUUUGGAAGCAACCAUUCCUGAAACAGAUGAUCUUUAAAAUAUUACAGUGCUCUUGCUUACAGACAAGGCAUUUUCCUUCAAUAUAAGUAAAUAAUAAUGCUUUAUGUCAACACGUAUAUCAAGCAAACAAUAGUCCAAAUAAUUAUAAACUUUAUACACUGAAAUAUAAAUCCCAAUGCUCAAUGUUUAGUUAAGCCAGGAUUUCUCCCCACCUUUGUAAAACAAUUUGAUUAAACAUCUUGUAAACUUAUAGUCUCAUUUUUUUUUGCAAAUUCAUUAAACAAUGCAGUUAUCUUUUGGCAAAAACUUACUGUUUAUCCUAAAGAAAAUAUAGGACAUUCAGCUGUCAACUAGAAUGAAAAUGUUUCCAACCUUUUGCUUUUUCCUUUUUCUUUAAGUUCUCUUUCCUUGUAUCAUCUCUCUUUCAUUUAACAGAAACGAGAGCAGAUAUUUUGUUCUAUAGACAAGAAUCAGCUAUCAAGUAACCAGCAUUAGGCUUGAUGAGGAGUGUUAGCAAUUUUAAAGUAAAUCACAUCCUAGUUCAAAGAUGCUGUUAUCCAAAAUUCACAGUCAAGUAGUUUUACAGGUCACUGGAGAGGGACAGAAAGAAAAUCUGUGACUGACUUUUCCCUUUCUAACUCCAAUUGCUGUUUGAGGUGUAUUCCCAUUACCAAUGCCUCUGAAGAACAUUAGUUGUGUGCAAGGAUUAAACUCAGAAUUGUUUCAUUUCUGUGGUUCAAGACCUCAUCAAGCAGAGGGGAUGUUUACAAAGUUUCAAUCCAAUUUCUUUUCAAUAGGUUUCUAAACGUUGACUCACAAUAUUCUUGUUACAGUGCCAAUGAACUGAGUUAGCCUUUUCCUGACUGACUGAGCAGUUGUUAUUGCAACUACAGGAGUUGGAAAUAUGUCUGGUUCUUAUCUAACUGGGUGUGGUAGGAUAGUAUUACUUUAAAAUAUACUGCUGAUUAAUAUUAAAGUGCAACGAGAGGACAAAUUAGCUAUAAUUCCAAAGAAGCAUCCAUGCAGAAACUGGAAGUUUUAUCAGGUUGCCCUUCUUUUAGCUUAGCAUUAAUUUUAGUCAUUGAUAUGUUUUAAGCUAUGACAAGCAGCAGCUAAAAUUAUAUUGGAGUGUGAAUAUUUCAAGACUUGUCACAGGACAUGGAAUGAUAACAAAUUGCUGUCCCAACUAUAACGUCUUCAUAACACAAUCAACAGGGGAAAUCUAUAACAGUAAACAAAAAUAAAUGAUGCAAUGUAACAAAAUAAAAACAGAAAUUAUUAUUGAUCUGUGAUGCUUCUGUCACUAUUCAAGAUUGCAGAUUGCAUUAGUUGAAAGCCACUUUGCACUGACAUUAAUACAGUAGCACAGAUUGUUAGAAUCUGACUUGAUACUGGAGUAAAGAAGUGAGACUCUUUAUUGUGCAAUACAGUGCAGCACAACUGGAUCUUGAAUCAAUAUUGUCCAACCAGUACAAUUACUUCACUCCAUCAGAAGCAUCCUCCAAAGAAACCUCACUGAUUUCCAGUGAAUUUCUAUUAUCGACUUCAGAAUACUAUAUUGAUUCUGCAAAUAAGUGACCUUUCUCAUUUUACCGCUGGCAGAGAAGACUUGCAGAAUAUAUAGUUACUACACAGCUUUCAACAGCAAUUUUGAAUGGUCUAUUAACUGUAGCAUCCAAUACCUGAUUAAACUUGA